AGAACCCACCUCCCUCGAUUCCCACGACUGCUGCCCGGCCUCCCGAUGCCAGCCUCGAGCGGACUGCUGCUUCUUUCCGCCCUCCUGUCUACGGAGAGGGUCUACACGUCGGUGCCAGAGAGACGAUGGCUAAAGGAGAACAACCUGGGCAUCAGUUACGUCUGCCCGUAUCGGGGUUCGAUCUCCAUGGUUGUCAGCCAGUUCAAUAACAAGACGGAGGAAAGAGUUUGGGAUUUUGCCUGUAAAUCAACUUUCCAGGGUCACGUUAGCUGUUCCUGGACAGACUACGUCAACAGAUUCGACGAGGGAAUAAAUUUCUCCUGCCCGUCCGAGGCUCUGAUCUGCGGGGCGGAGAAUCUCCGAGGCGACAUCCAAAAGGAUCGGAAGUGGAGGUUCUACUGCUGUGAAGCUGGCCGCGUUUGUUUCCGGGGCUGUGCCUGGUCCCCCUACGUCAACCAGCGCAACGAGUACUUCAGCUGGGAGGUCCCGGCCGAUCACUACCUGGCCGGAAUCGUGCGUCACCAUGAGAACCAGAGCGGAGAACGUCGCUGGCAAUUCCGCUACUGCGCAAUGGUCUCUACGAACAUGUUUCAACCAUGA